AUGGCGAGGUUGUUCGCUAAGAUCAAGAAGGGCGUGUACAGCUUCCACGAUGAGUACUGGUCCGACAUCAGCCCGGAGGCGAAAGACUUGAUCGCUAAGAUGCUCACGGUCGACCCCAACAAGCGCUUGACAGCCGACCAAGCCCUUGAGCACCCGUACCUCAAGAUUGAUACCACAGUUUUGGAGGGCAACAACAUGGACCAGAACCUGGGACGCAUGAAGCUCUUCAACGCCCGCCGCAAGUUUAAGUCCGCCAUCCAGACCGUGAUCGUCGCGGAUCGCCUCAGGAAAUUCACGGAGGGCAUGGCUUCCAUGUCGACGGCAUGAGUAUUGUAACAGGUGUUAUUUUCGAAGUCACCGGGUAGCGGUUCGCUCUGUUAGGAGACAAGUGGUGAAGGAUCUCCAU